UUAACAAUUUGAGAAGACUUGUUAGCAUCGUCUCUCUCACUUGUUCUCAAGUUCUCAGUUCCUACCAUCCUUUCUGUCUCUUCUCUCUCUCUCUCUCUGAAACAGUAACUGUAGUUUCUGCUAUUUGUCACAUCUUCAAACUAUUUUAUCAGAAAAACAAACCUCAUAUCCUCUCAAAAUCUUUCUUUUCUUUCUCACUUCUCAUUUCCUUCUUCUCUUCCAAUCAAAUCAUGGAACAACAAACACAAGACUCAACUAACACUAACCAAAAUGAAACUAACUCUCAUCAACAUCAUCAUCAUCACCACCAUCAUCACCAUCAUCAUUAUCAUCAUCAACAACAUCAUCAAAAUCAGCUUCAACAACAAUACUCAACUCAACUUGGUUUCUUCAAUCAUCAAAACAAGUUUCAAAGAUACUACCCUGCUCUUCUUCCUUUACCUUCUCUUCAACAACUACCUUUGAUUCCACCUUUUCAUCAAAAUCAAAGCUUUAUAUCAAAAACCCAUUUGCAUAAACAUCCAUGCAAACUCAAUAGUUCUCCUUCAUCAGAUUUCAACCUCUCUCAACUAUCACUUGCUCCUUCUCCAAAGGAGCUUCAGAACCAAACUAAAGAAUCCCUUAAAGGAGAUGAUGGGAAGAAGCUCAUUUCAACAAGGAAGACACAAGAAGUGACUGUUGCAAGGAGGCCAGAUUCUGGUGGCAAAGAAGGUCCUGUGAUAUCUCUCCUUGCCAACCAUUUUCUAGUAAAGUUUGAUCCAUCACAAAAGUUAUAUCAUUACAAUGUUGAAAUUAGUCCUCAUCCUUCUAAGGAAAUUGCUAGAGCAAUCAAACAGAAACUUGUAAAUAACAAUUCUGAUGUGCUAUUGGGUGCUCUUCCAGCAUAUGAUGGGAGAAAUAAUCUUUAUAGUCCAAUUGAAUUCCAAAAUGAUAAGCUUGAGUUCUACAUAAGCCUCCCAAUUCCAUCUAGCAAAUCGAUAGCGCUUUAUGGAGAAACAGAUGUUAAGAAUGAGAAGCAUGAACAACAUAAACUUUUUCGGAUAAAUAUCAAACUAGUCUCGAAGAUUGAUGGAAAAGAGUUGACUAAUUACUUGAGCAAAGAAGGCGAUGAAGGGAUUCCACUUCCUCAAGAUUAUCUACAUGCCUUGGAUGUAGUUUUGAGGGAAAGUCCAACUGAGAAAUGUAUACCUGUAGGAAGGUCAUUCUAUUCGAGUUCGAUGGGGAGAAGCAAAGAUAUCGGUGGAGGAGCCGUUGGAUUGAGAGGCUUCUUUCAAAGUCUUAGACCAACUCAACAAGGACUUGCACUCAAUGUUGAUUUCUCAGUAACUGCUUUUCAUGAGAGCAUAGGAGUUAUUCCAUACCUGCAGAAGCGUCUUGAGUUUCUUAGAGACCUUUCUCAAAGGAAGACAACGUCGCUAACUUGCGAAGAAAGAAAGGAAGUUGAGAAAGCAUUGAAGAACAUCAGGGUGUUUGUUUGUCAUAGAGAAACUGUUCAGAGAUAUCGUGUCUACGGCUUAACUGAGGAGGCAACUGAAAAUCUUUGGUUUGCUGAUAGAGAUGGGAAGAAUCUUAGGCUUGUGAGUUACUUUAAAGAUCAUUAUAACUAUGACAUACAAUUCAGGAAGUUGCCAUGCUUGCAAAUUAGUAGGAGUAAACCUUGUUAUCUGCCUAUGGAGCUUUGUGUGAUCUGUGAAGGACAAAAGUUUCUUGGGAAACUGUCUGAUGAUCAGACGGCGAGAAUACUCAAGAUGGGCUGUCAACGACCCGGAGAGCGAAAAGCCAUCAUCGAAGGAGUCAUGACAGGAAAUGUUGGUCCUACCAGUGGUGACCAAGAAAAUGAAUUCAAACUCCAAGUCUCAAGAGAAAUGACAAAGUUGACAGGGAGAAUUCUUUACCCUCCAAAACUAAAGCUUGGAGAUGGAGGUCAUGUGAGAAACCUGACUCCUUCACGUCACGAUCGUCAAUGGAACCUUCUCGACGGCCACGUCUUCGAAGGAACUACAAUCGAAAGAUGGGCAUUGAUAAGUUUUGGUGGCACACCUGAGCAAAAGUCUCAUAUCCCAAGAUUCAUAAACCAGUUAACUCAAAGAUGUGAACAAUUAGGCAUUUUUCUUAACAAGAACACAGUUAUUAGUCCACAGUUUGAAUCAAUCCAUGUUCUUAACAAUGUCACACUUUUGGAAUCUAAGCUCAAUAGAAUCCAGAGAAUUUCCUCAAACAAUCUGCAGCUUCUUAUUUGUAUAAUGGAAAAAAAACACAAAGGGUAUGCAGACUUGAAAAGAAUCUCUGAGACGAGUGUCGGCAUUGUAAGCCAAUGCUGCUUGUAUCCAAAUCUCAUCAAAUUAAGUUCACAGUUUUUGGCUAAUGUGGCACUCAAGAUCAAUGCUAAAGUUGGUGGAUGCACAGUUGCUUUGUACAACUCGCUUCCUUCACAAUUACCGCGCCUUUUCAGCAUCGAUGAACCUGCGAUGUUCAUGGGAGCUGACGUGACACAUCCUCAUCCUCUCGACGAUUCAAGUCCUUCGGUGGCUGCUGUUGUUGGCAGCAUGAAUUGGCCAACAGCAAACAAAUACAUUUCAAGAAUAAGGUCUCAAACACAUAGGCAAGAAAUCAUCCAAGACCUCGGCGCAAUGGUGGCCGAGUUGCUCGAAGAUUUUCUUCAGGAAGUUGAAAAACUCCCCAACCGAAUAAUCUUCUUUCGAGAUGGAGUUAGCGAAACACAAUUCUACAAAGUUCUCCAAGAAGAACUCCAAUCCAUAAAGCAAGCUUGUUCAAGGUUUCAUGGUUAUAAACCUUUCAUAACUUUUGUAGUUGUCCAAAAGAGACAUCACACAAGGUUGUUUCCCUCCGAAACCGAUCAAUCUUCGAAUCACAGAAAUUAUCAAUACGAAAAUAUUCCUCCAGGAACAGUGGUUGAUUCUGUGAUUACUCAUCCGAAAGAAUUUGAUUUCUAUCUGUGUAGUCACUGGGGUGUCAAAGGAACGAGCCGGCCAACACAUUACCAUGUCUUGUCGGAUGAAAAUGAGUUUAGUUCUGAUGAAUUGCAGAAGCUGGUUUACAAUUUGUGCUAUACUUUUGUUAGGUGUACUAAACCAAUUUCUUUGGUUCCUCCUGCAUAUUAUGCACAUUUAGCUGCAUAUAGGGGAAGACUCUACCUUGAGAGAUCAGAGUCCUUAGGUUUGUUCAGAACUGCUUCUACAUUGUCAAGAGCUGCUCCUCCAAAGACACCACCUCUACCUAAACUUAGUGAAAAUAUCAAGAAGCUUAUGUUUUAUUGCUAGUGAGUGAUGACUAUCUAUGUAGCACCGACACUUUAGAUUGAGGACGUGUUUGGUGUCUGACAUAUAUUUAAUCACUUUUACGUUCUUGAAUUAUUAUCACUUUCUGUGUGCCAAUAUCAUUAUCGUGUUUUGUGUCGAUGAUUAAUGUCAUUUGAUUUUUAGAUUGUGUAGUUACAUGACCAAGCUUUAGAUUUAUGGGACAUAUAAAGUAUUGUGCAGGAUGAAAUAAGAAAAAUAAAUUUUUGCAUUUA